AUGGCUUGGACUGCGCUCUGCAUCGUCCUCUUUACAUUCUUUCUUACCCCACUUUCAUUGGCUCAAAUCACUGUCUCGGCUCCGGUGUCUCCCAACACGUGUUCAAUUAGAGCGUUGAAUUGGGCAAACGGGACGCCACCUUUUUCCUUGCAAGUCUCCUUCCCAAAGUUCAUCGCCUCGGUCGCUGGAACUGCUGCCCCUGAACAUCUCGGAUCCGCAAACACACCACCCGUCAGUUGGAGCAUUGACUGGCCUCCAGGUUCUUCAGUCGUUUUUCAAGUAGUCGACGCGACUGGGGCUUCUGGUACUUCGCCCGCCUUCAAUAUCCUUUCAUCAUCCACUGGAUCUGUCUGUAGUCAAGGUCAAGGAGCUAACACAGAAGGCAUUCCUCCUCCAGACGGAAGCACUGGCGGCGAGAGUGGUAGCCCACCUCCCACUAAUACAACUUCUACCGGCAAAGGCGGCAGCGGGUCGAAUGGGAAUAAUUCAACCUCUGGCACAACAUCAAUCCUAUCAAACGGCUCUGGCCCAGAUUCCGGGGGUAGAGGUAACUCCAAAUCGAGUUCAGUCACACCUUCUACGACAUCGACGACGACAACAACAACAACGAGCUCGGCACCUGAAACCGACAGUUUCAAUCGACUCCCUGUGAGCAUUAACACAGGGCCAUCGUCUGUAGACACAAAUGCACAGUCAACACUUGCAAUUUCAUCUGACAGAACUUUUGGAGCAUCAUUGUCUGUGGUUGGCAUUCUUCCAUCCUCAAGCAACGUGUCUACAAGCAGCUCCAAUGAUAACGCAGAAGAUAGUUCUUCCAAGAAAGAUGGGCUGAUGCCGGGGGCCCUAAUUGGUGGGAUAGCCGCUGCCGGAGUGUUGUUCUUCAUCGGCGUGUUCUUGCUCCUCCAGCGAUGUCGCCGUCGCCGUCGCCGAGCAAGGGAGACAAUACUGUAUCCUUUCGAGGGCAUGGACUCAGCAUCAAACUCGACUCGCGAGAUGCGUGGCCGUUCUGGAUACCCAGCUAGCACAUUCUCCUCUUGGGGCAAUCAUGGUGACCUGACUAGUGAAGGGCAUGAACGCACCCUCUCCCCAACAUCAGACGGUCAUCAUACCUUCAACACCGUCCACGAACAGCAAUUCUCGCCUGUGGAUGCAUCGGAACAGAGUUAUGCCGAUUAUCAACAAUCCCAACCUCCACCUAUUAGUAUUGAGUCACGUUUGGGGUAUAAUGCACCAACCACCAGCCCUGCUAUCAACGUCAUUCCAGCUAGUCCUUCACAAGGCUCUCGUCAUGGACAUGGCACUUCUUCCUCCAUCGAUCUUGGGACCGGCAGACAGGCACCCAGCGAGCCUGGGUCGCCAUCAGCUGCGAACCAACGAUUCCGUGGUCCUAUUCCCAAGUCUAUGAUCGACGCCUACCGCGCAGGAUUGGUCGGUCCACAAGGGGCCAACCCUUACGCGGGAUACUCUGACGUGCCUCCUCCAACUACCACCGCUCAAGUUCAGUUCAUUAAGGCGGACGAUCCCAUUCCGUCGUCAAUUGGGCGAGCCCCCUCCUACAAAACACUCGCGAGCGCAUUUAUGGACCAGCGCCAAGCUGAUGCUGAUGCACUCGCCCAAACUUCAAACCACUCGUCAACCCGCAUCCUUCCUCCUCCAUCUGGUCCACUUAUAGUGAACUACCCUCCUCCAUAUACGAGCACUUGA